AUGGACCCUCAGUUUGGCGGGAACAAUGGGAACUCAGAACAGAACGAAUUUCUCAGUUUCAUCGAUUCUAGGCCGCUGCAGGAGGCUCCAAGUGCUGCAAUAACCCCACAGGCUAUUUUGGCGCGGUCUAGCAUGCAAACGUCGAACAGCAACCUACAAUCGGUGUCUCCUGCAUCAGUGAUGUCACCAAUGGUACAAACUCAGGGCUUGCCUUCAGUCACUACCCCACAGCAGGUUUUAACGCAGUCAAUUAUGCCACAGCAGCAACAGCAGCAGCAGCAACAACCAAUUGUACAACAGCAUGGCCCCACUCAUAGCCAAACGCCUGCAACGAGCUCUUCACAGGUACCUUCUAGAGCACCUUCACAGGCUCCCACACAAGCUCCCACUCCCCAGGCGAUCUUGAGCAACACAAAUGGCUUACAAGAUCCACAAUCACAAAACUCAAGUGCAAGAAACUCUUCCGGCUUCACAGAUAGAGCAGCAAUGUUUGCUGCGUUACAGCAGCGACAGAAACUCCAAAUGAUGCAACAAUCUGCGUCAGUAUCGGGCUCUCCUCAGGAAGCAGUUCAUGCAAGACCAUCCAUGGAGCCACAAUCACAAGCUUCUUCCACUGGACAGGUCCCACAAACCCAACCCGCGCUUACAGCCAGUAAUAAUGCAUCCCCAGCACAACAGCGACAAGCCAUACAAAACCUGGAUCCCGAGGUCCAGAGACGCGUAAGUACGGAAUUGAACAAUAAGCAAUUCGAGCUUUUCAUGAAAUCACUUGUGGAGAGUUGUAAACGGCGUAAUGCGCCACUUCAUUCUUUCCCCGAAAUCCAUGGCCGGAGAAUAAACCUUUUUGUCCUAUAUUCGAUGGUACAAAAGCUAGGAGGCAGCGACAGUGUAACCCGUCUGCAACAAUGGACGAUGCUUGCUCAAAAGCUUCAACUGCCCGAGGAUGCUGCGCGACAACUGGCUGCCCUUUACUAUCACCUUCUGGUUCCAUAUGAGCAGUAUCUAGCUUCCCCGGAGGGAUUAAAAGAAACGCAGUCUAAAAGGCUGUUUUUACAACAGUUUCUUCAGGAGUUACUGAAGAAAUUUAUGGGGCCAUAUCCAAGCGCGCCCUCUAAUGAGACAGGGAUUGGGGGUGGCUUCACUCCCGACGCCAGGAAUGAAGCUCUGAACGCGGCAAAGGUUAAGAAACCGCGGAAACCUAAGGCCACAACCAAAAAGAAGUCAAAAAAGGAUCUCGAAAAGGAAAUGAGAUAUCAACAAGAACAACUUCAAAAACGGCAUGAACUUCAACAAGAACAACAAAGCAAGCUUUUGCAAGAACAAAGGGCUAAGCAGCAACAGGAACAGAUGCGACUGCGACAACAGAUGGCCGUUCAACAGAGCAUUGAAUACCAAAAACUGCCGAAGGUUUACAAGCGUUCAUUCGCAAGGAACUACGUGCCAUCUAGCAGGGCUAUUGAAACCUCCAAUGGUUAUGACAUGAGAGCUGUUUCGCAAAUCGGCGAAAAGAUUGAUGCCAACAAACCUGUUUUUCUAUUUGCACCCGAGCUUGGUACUAUCAAUUUACAUGCUCUGUCAUUGUCGCUCUUAUCUGAUUGUGAUUCAGAGGUAAAUGUGGCCUUGAAUACUUUAUUAGUUACCAGUGCGGAUUCAAUUCUAGAUAUACCUUUGAAUCGCUCCCAAAGUUUGAUAGACUCACUGAGUAUUUUGGGAUGUCAGCUUUUGAGCAAACUUUGUAUAUCAGAGACACCCUUGCAGCAAACAAAAGGUGAUUAUUUGGAUGAAGUUGAUGUCAAGAGCGCACUCGACGAAAAUUCAAGAUAUUCCCGGGCAACUUGCAUGCUAGACGAAGUUUUCAAUUCUAACAGCAAGGAGUCUUCCGACGAAAAAGUGGUGAUCAAAGUCGAUUCCUUAACAGGUGUAGACUUGCGACAGGCCGUUCCUACACCCGAGAAUACUCCCGUGAACGCAUAUGAGACUGAAGACGAUGAGAGGGGUGUUGCAAACAAGAAAAACACUUAUGAAAAAGACUGGCACUAUCUUCCAGAGGCGCUUUGGCAUGCAGAUAAAACUGAAAACUGUAAACUAAAUCUCCCGUGCUACCUUGAGUCCUUAAGAAAUGUACGCGAUGAGGUUGACAGUCUUUUUACAAAAGCCAAUACCCGAGGGGCUGAGAACUAUCAACUGAUGAUGGUAGAUCAGCUGUCUACGAUUUCAAUGAUUAUACGAAACCUUUCCUUCGACGAAUCUAACACCACUCCCAUUGCGACGAAUAUUUCUUUCAAGCGAUUUCUCAGCGAUCUUCUUUGGGCUCUUUUUCUCCGAAGUGAUAGAUUUCUCUUCUCUCGCAAAACUCUGAAUUUCAAAAAGGACCUGAUAAUCAUACUAACGAAUGUGUCCCACCUAUUGGAGAUCGAUGAUCAUGUUACGGCGUGUUUGCUCGUGUUCCUGGUCCUCAGCUUCUCUGAAAGAAGAGCUUCAACAGAUGGAAUGCAAUUUCUCGAGCUUUCUGAGUAUUCAGUCAAAUUGAGCAAUUAUCAGAACUAUGGAGCGGACGUGCUUGCCAAAUUACUAUCAUUAGGAUACCCUAAUCGACUGUUAUUAAGGGCUACCUUCCUGCAGCAAUUUGACACUGAUCCCCAAUCACAAGACGUGAUGACUUGCAAAAAGCUGUUAACACUCUACGAGUCGUCUUGUACCACUCGCAAAUAUCAAGGUUUUUCACUCUUACAUGAUACUUUCACCUCUCUACUAUCGGUAAUUCCAUUUCAACAGCUUAAUACCACCCCGAACCUAAUUGAAGAAGUUGGACCUACCAUUUCGCAAAGUCUUACAGCUCUUCUUUCAAUGGUGCGGUUUUGUCGAAAAGAAUCCGCAUCAAAAAAUGCCCCGAAUAUGCCGUUAGUGUGGUUGACAAUCGAUGAGAAUAUAGGUUGCAGCUUGCGUCGUUUGAGCGAAGCUUUAUCCAGUCUCGGUAUCCACACUAAUCAAACACUUGUGCACUUAAAACACCUCUUCCAUUCAAUUAGUGCCAAAAGCCUUCAAUUGCUUACUUUGUUAAUUGAGCGGGCACUGGAUAUAGCGGAUGAACGUGGUUCAGGAAGUGAAGACAAGUACCAAGAUGCGAUUGAGAGUUUGAACGCUACACCCAAUCUUCUUCCAUCAGAGCAAAGCUCGAUCACUUUUUUGACCAAUCCAAUGGCUGAUUAUAAUGUCGCAAGAGAGAUGUGUGAGCUACAUCGGUUGAGAAGCCGAAUCAUGGCGGAUAGCGAGAAGCCCACUCCCACGAGAAUUGAAGCUGCAGCUUUGAUCGAGGCAGAUGCUAAUAGUUGA